UUUCCUGUGUUGUUAGCGUCUCUUUGACAAACGAGGGAAAGUUCAAACGAAACCUUGUCAUUUUUUCCCCCCUGCAAACACCGCUGUGAUGUGUGGUUAAAAUGUAUCAGCCGCCUUCUUUACUAGAGAAGUGGAUCCAGGAGAACAACGAUUUGGUAAAUAAGUGUAAGCAGCAGGAAUCAGGACGAGAUGCUGUGAGCCGAGACCACAGCCAGACCAGUCUGAGGUGGUGUUCCUCUGAAUUUCACAAACUUUUGAAGAAAAUACAAGGUAUCCCUGCUCAUGUAGAUCAUGCGCAGCUGGAGUUGGCAGUGGUGUGCAAUACCUGUGUAUGCUUUACCUCUCAGUCUCAGUUCUUAGAAGCUGAACUGCUCCUCAAACAAACCACAGAGAGAGUGUUACAGAUGGCAGGAGAUGACAGUAGCACUUCUGAUCCUCUUGUGCUUUGGAGAACAGUUCUUAAAUCAGUGGGAAACACAGCUUUGCAUCUACAUGCUUUGUACCUACUCUGUCUGCAGUGGGCACUGUGGCUAGCCAAAUGCCAGCUAGAAACUAUACAGGAAUUUCGGGAGGAGCUGUCUUCUCUGUGCGAGACACUGUGUGGUGGAGUUGGGGAUGGCGGUAGAACCAAUCCAAAGGCAAAGUUGUCAAACAGUCCUCUGCUGGUGAUGGACCCAAAAAGGCUUACUGAAUUAUUACAGAUCUGCACUUCCAUUGCUCGAGGUGCAGAAAGGCUGAACGAGGGUCGGAGUUCAGAAGCGCUGUCUGACUUACAGGCGUCUUCUGCCCUGCCAGCUCCCAGAGCUCUAAUGGCAUAUACAGACCUCCUUUCAGGCUCCUGCCUCACUCAUAUGAACCGCCCCCAGAUGGCACUGCAGUGUUACAGAAAAGCCCUAGAGACAGAUUCCCGUUGUGUGUGCGCUCUAUACCAAAGCAUGCUCAUCUUUAGACAGCUGGGAAACACACCGGCUGAGAUACAAGCUCUGCGGAUACUGCACUCAACUUUGAUGUUGCCCCCUGCUACGGAGCCUGUUCUGGCUGGUAUCCAUCCCCUCUCUCCGGCCUUACUCCUCAGCAGCCAGUCACUAAACAGCCUGCUCUCUGUCCCGUCUGCCCUCAGUGUCCUUUACAGCCUCGCCCUCAAGUGUGUGCUCAGUGGCAGGGUUGCUGAGGGUGUUGAACAUUAUCUGGAUCUACUGGGUGCUCUUCACUCAGAGGAUCAACAUGCAGUUCAUGCUGAGAUCUCUGCCCUCCCCAGAAUACCAGAGCUUUACCUGGAGGCCGGCACUGCCUUGCUCAUGGCCCGACGUCCUGCAGAUUGUAUGGUGCUCUGCAAUGAAGUUCUUAGCACAACACUAGAGCUGCUGCCAGAGAAAGUGGUGUUGGAAGAGUCAGAAGAGAAAAGUGGGGGAGGUGUGGAGGGUGAAGAUAAGGUAACAGUGCUCCUCUGGGCUGCAGCUGCCUACCUCCUUCAGGGUCACUGCCACACUCUCUUGAAGGACUGGAAACAAGCUGUGACUCACUACACAAGGUGCAUCAACCUGCUGGUGAAGGUGCGCUUAAAAAACAAAGAUUUCCAACCACAGAUCCCUACUGCAGAUAUGAAUCUUAAGUAUGGGAGAGAUCUGUGCGUCCUGCAAACGAUGAAGGGGCUUUCGCUAGCUGGCAGGGGCAUCAGCUUCACCCAGAUGGACCAUCUGAGACAGGCGUUGAGGGACCUCCAGCUCAGCCUGCAGGCCUUCUCAGAUUGUGCAGGAGCAGGGCUGUGGUGCGGUGAGGUGCUGUGGAGGCUUGGCAGGAGGCAUGAGGCAGCAGCUUGCUGGGAAAAGACCUGGAGCCUCACAGCGCAAUCCUCAGUGGAAAAACUGCCCAUGUACCUACAGGAUCUUCAGUCUGGCCCUUUGUUGGACUCUGCAGAAUUACGCCACAGAAUAAAGGAACUUGACCUUACCUAAUCAGACGGGACACAAAAGAAGAAUGCCUCGACAUUUAAUGAACAGGAUUGAAUUUCUGUGGCAUGUGUAAUGAAACCUGCAUCCACAACAAAUAUGGAUCUACAGGGACAGUAAGAUAAAGCAUAUUGUAAGUGUUUGAAACUAAUGAUGGGCACAGUAUAUGUGUAUUAUGUGACUGAAAUGGUGGAAGAUUAGUGGAAGUAUUGUUUGAGUCACUGAACUGGCUUUAAGAAAGAAGACUGAGGUGAUCUAGCCAAUAAAGUUUUCUCUCUAUCAGCAAACCUUUAAUAUGCUCUGCAUGCACAGUCAGCAGAAUUUUCAAACACAGUUAAGCAAAAAUCAAUGAGCUACUCUGCAGCCCCCCCCCCAGCAUUAAGGACAGAGAAGUAUCCGCCAUGCCAGUUCCUCCAGUACUUAGCUUGGUUACCAUACCACAUUCUAGUUGACACCAGUGUCAUCAACAUUAUUCAGUCCAUGAUGAACUGCCUUUAUACCAAAUGUAUACCAUACAUCAGACUGUGUUGGCUGAGAUUGAAAAGUUUGGAAUGAAAUAUAGAAUUGUGCUUGGGAUAGCCAAGAAUCCCUUUGAGGGAACAUAAUUUACUUAGGAUAGUGUAUUUGAUCACAUUUCAAGCUGCAAAAAAUGUAUUUGUUAGCUAAAUGUAUUAG